CUCUGAUGAAGCUUAAAAUGCAUGCGUCAGGAGAUAAAGGCCUGCCACAGACAGAACGGACGUAUUUCCAGGUGUUUCUGCCAAAAGAAGCUAAAGACCCUAGUUUGCCCAUGUUCUUCUGCUCUAAGUGGAGUGUUGGCAAAGUAGUGGACUUUGCUGCAUCUCUGGCCAGUCUGAAAAACAACAACAACGUGCUCACAGCUAAGAAAUUGCGUUUGUGUCACCCUGAGACGGGUGAAGCCUUUAGGAUGGAUGCUAGCCUCCAGUUACUGCUCUCCAAUACAGACUGUCCUCUGCACAACGGAGGCAACGUCAUUCUGGAGUAUCUGGAUAACGAGAGCUCUGGACUGGAUGAUGUGACAGCCUAUAUAUCUUCCUCCUGAGAGAAAAUCUCAUAACCAUUCAGCAGAGUUUUAUGGUAAAAUAAUUUGAGGAAAGUAGGAAACAAAGGGUGUCAGAUUGGACUAUGUCUAUUGUAAAUAUACAUGAUUUGCUUAUUUUUAAUAAAUGGGUCAAUGGUAUGACACUUUUUCUUUUGUCCUGU